AUGUGUUUGUCACUGAACGAGCGGAAAAAAAUCCCUAUUAAAAAUAUUGUUAAAAUGUUUUCUGGGGGAAAAUCUGAUAAAAUGGUGCAAAAAUGUCUUAGUGAUCUUGGAUUGUCAGGUGAUAAAGAACGCGAUGAGCUUGAUGCAGAACUAUUUACUUUUGAUAAAUAUAUUCGACUUUACUAUAAAAUCUGUCCGCGAAGUGAUGUGCAAGAAUUAUUCGUGAAAUUAAGUGGUCAGAAAGAAUAUCUCACUAAAGAUAGAUUGAUAAAUUUUUUGAAUGAAGAACAGAGAGAUCCACGAUUAAACGAAAUAUUAUUCCCAUUUUUCGAUGAUAAACGUGUGCAACAUUUGAUAACAAAAUAUGAAAGUGAUGAAAACUACAUAAAUAAUGGGAAAAUGUCAGGUGAUGCCUUUUUACGAUAUUUGAUGUCUGAUGAAAAUUCGCCAGUCUUUUUAAAUCGAAUUGACCUGUAUCAAGAUAUGGAUCAACCUCUCUGUCAUUAUUACAUCAAUAGCUCACACAACACAUAUCUCACAGGUAGACAGUAUGGUGGAAAAAGUUCAACUGAAAUCUAUCGCGAAGUCUUGUUAUCAGGUUGCAGAUGUGUAGAAUUAGAUUGUUGGGAUGGUACUGGAGAAAAUAAGGGAGAACCAAUUAUUACCCAUGGUAAAGCAAUGUGCACAGAUGUUUUUUUCAAGGAUGUGCUUUAUCAAAUCAGGGAUACGGCUUUUGCCAGAUCUGAAUUUCCUGUGAUUUUAUCGUUCGAAAACCACUGCUCCAGACUAAAUCAACUUAAAAUGGCGAAAUACUGUGUAGAAAUAUUUGGUGAUAUGUUACUGUCAAAGCCUUUAGAUGAUUAUCCACUGGAAUCAGGAGUGCAACUUCCAUCACCUAAUCGACUAAAGCGUAAAAUUUUGAUUAAGAAUAAACGGCUGAAAGCGGACAUUGAAAAAUUACAAAUGGAACAGUUUUUACUCGAGGGUAAAUUGGAUGAGGAAGAUGAGGCAGUUGAAAAUUUAGAAAUUAAUAUUGCAGAUGAUAAUCCAUCUCAUUGUAAGUACCAUUUUUUCUCAUUUUUCUUGUAAGC